UUUUGACAGUGACAUAAAAAUAUAACCUAUAAUUUAAAAAUCUAGGUAAUAGAUUUUUCCCAAGAUUUUAAUAUAAAUCCCUUAUAAAAACCAUGUCUGCUGCUAAAAGAGUGCAGCAAUGGGCCACUUUUGCUCGUACUUGGCACAUAUUUGACUGCAAAUGGCAGGACCCGUACGACUCUGCUAACGUUAUUAAGAAAUAUUUGAUGGGUUUACAUAAGCCUAUUUACCACCCUAUGAACGACUGUGGGGAUGUAGUAGUGUGUAUCAACAGCCGGGACAUUGCUUUGAGAGGCGAUGACUGGCGUAAGAGAGCAUAUUUCCACCACACUGGGUACCCUGGCGGUGCUUCGUGGACUUUAGCAUGGGAGCUACAUAAUAAGGAUCCUACGAUGAUUGUCAAAAAAGCAGUAUACAGAGCAAUGAAAGGCAACCUCCAAAGGCGCCACACUAUGGAGAGACUGUUCAUUUACCCAGGUGAAAAAGUGCCCGAAGAUAUUUUACAAAAUGUGACCAAUCAGAUCCGUCAAUUACGGCUUGUACCUACCAGGCUUGAUCAUAUUCCGGAGGAGAUCACCAAAACCUAUCCUAAAGUCAUGGACUACCCAGAAGAUUAUGUACUGAAAUAAAUAAUGUAGUUGUUAUGUAAAUAUAAGUAGAUAAGUUUAGAUUGUUAAUACAUUUGUGAAAAUGAA